UUGCCACACAGCUGGAUAAAGUUUCUGAAGAAAAAGAAACUGCGAAGGGACUACUGAACUGUUUGCUUUCUAAUUCUAAGGGUUAAGAAGGUGAAAUAGGGACUUGGAGGAGAAAUUGAAUUGGAAGUCAGGACUUCUUUGCAACAGUCAUUGCCAGGCAAUAAUUUCAUGACGUGGAAAGAGGGGGCAGAGGUGGGAGGAAGAAUAGGGAGAGACAGAGGGAGAUAGUCCUAAAUGAGUCCUAAGGUCCCAACAGCCCACAGAGAUAGCUCUCCUUAAGUACAAGAGAAUUCUCAAUAAUCAGAAGCCGUCUCCUCCUAUGCUGAACCAAUUACUCUGCUGGGUUUAUGUCUCCAGAUGCCGUAAACAAAAGGAAACCCGGGCUUAGGGGAGGACGGCGCUUGCCCACUGGGGUGCGUGUGCGCUCAGGAAGCCUCAGGGAACCUAUUAAGUCACAAUGCAAGAUGCUGCACUUUAAAGUCUAGAAUCAGGACGUGCCGGCUUGGCUCCAGGUUAAAAAAAAAAAAAAAUAGCCCUAUGAAUCCUUUUUGUAAAUAUCGUCUGCCUCCGCCAGGCCCCGCCUUUCGCGGGACGCCAUCCCGCGGCCCCAAGAGGGACUCCAGGCCAGGGUCACGGCUGCCAGAAGCGCCCCUGCACACUGAAGCGCCCGCUGCGGCGCGCCUCCGGAGCUCCGGAGCGGCAGCUCGCGCCUAGUGCGCAGGCACAGAAAGCUCGGCGCGGGCCUCGUGCCAAGUGCUAGCGAUCACGCCCCCGCCUCGGCCCCAGGGGUCGGCGGUUUACUUUCGAACAGCGGCCCCGCGCUCUUCCUAUUGGCUGAUGUUACGCAGUUGAAGGUUGCCGGGAGACCGCGCCUGCGUCUUGAGGCUCUCAAGCCCCGCCUCAUCUGGGAACCCGAAGGCCCUCAGGGCGGAGGAGGGAGGGCGGGAAUCCGAGCAGUUCUCAGCGUCAGCCCGCAGGCUGUGGAGCUCUGUUUCUGCUGGUGGAGUUGGCUGGUUUUCCCGUCCCCACGAAUAAAAAUAAAAGAAUCUGAAAAAGUUGAAGAUACAUAUUCAGUCUCCAAACCAGAAGGUCAACAAAGUGGCAUGUAUUGACUUCUUAUAAGAGAAGAUUAAGGAAAUGCACAAUUUUGAGGAUGAGUUAACAUGUCCCAUUUGUUACAGUAUUUUUGAAGAUCCUCGUGUACUACCAUGCUCUCAUACAUUUUGUAGAAAUUGCUUGGAAAAUGUUCUACAGGCAUCUGGUAACUUUUAUAUAUGGAGACCUUUACGCAUUCCACUCAAGUGCCCUAACUGCAGAAGUAUUAUUGAAAUCGCUCCAACUGGUAUUGAAUCUUUACCUGUUAAUUUUGCGUUAAGGGCUAUUAUUGAAAAGUACCAGCAAGAAGACCAUCCAGAUAUUGUCACCUGCCCUGAACAUUACAGGCAGCCAUUAAAUGUUUACUGUCUCCUGGAUAAAAAAUUAGUUUGUGGUCAUUGCCUUACCAUAGGUCAACAUCAUGGUCAUCCUAUAGAUGACCUUCAAAGUGCCUAUAUGAAAGAAAAGGACACGCCUGAAAAACUGCUUGAACAGUUAACUGACACACACUGGACAGAUCUUACUUGUCUUAUUGAAAAGCUGGAAGAACAAAAAUCUCAUUCGGAGAAAAUGGUCCAAGAUGAUAAGGAAGUUGUUCUCCAGUACUUUAAGGAGCUUAGUGAUACAUUAGAACAGAAAAAAAAUUUUUUCCUAACUGCUCUUUGUGAUGUUGGCAAUCUGAUUAAUCUAGAAUAUACUCCACAAAUUGAAAGAAUGAAAGAAAUAAGAGAGCAGCAGCUUGAAUUAGUGACACUGACAACAUCUUUACAAGAAGAGCCUCCACUUAAAUUUCUUGAAAAAGUUGAUGAUGUCCGCCAACGUGUGCAGGUCUUGAAACAAAGACCACUCCCUGAGGUCCCACCUGUUGAAAUUCAUCCUCGAGUAAGCCAAGUACUGAAAGAAGAAUGGAGCAGAACAGAAAUUGGACAAAUAAAGAAACUUCUCAUUCCUGAAAUGAAAAUUUCUUCAAAAAGGAUGCCAUGUUCCUGGCCUGAUAAGGAGGAAAAAGAAGUUGAAUUUUUUAAGAUUCUGAACAUUGUUAUAGUUACACUAAUUUCAGUGAUGCUGACGCUGAUCCUCUUUUUUAACCAACACAUAAUGACCUUUUUAAAUGAAAUCACUUCAAUAUGUUUUUCUGAAGCCUCUCUAGCUGUUUACCAAAGUUUAUAUAAGAAUGUGCAUGAUUUAAAGAAUAUAAUAUGUCACACGUUAUAUUUACUGAAGGAAUUCAUGUGGAAAAUAAUUUGUUGAAAAUUCAAAUCUGAAUUGUUUAAGUAGGCUUAUUCUGUACAGCAGUCUAAUGACCAUUGCUAAAUGGAGCAAUAGGGGUAGCAUGGGUAAAUAAAAUAGCAAGCUAAAGUUUAUUAGAGUUGCAACAAAUAUAAAUAAUCCCUUUCAUGCUUCUGUUGAAUAGAAAAUGUGUCAUCAAAAGUUAGAAAUGAGACGGAAUGUCUCUCAUUUUCUGAAAACCGGAACAAAAUCUAAUAAUUACUUGAUUUUGAGUAUUAUCCCAUUUUUAUUGGUUUGAGAGGUUGACUUAAUAUCACUGUGAUAUUUAAAUAUUCUUGUACCAAUAUUAUCUCUUAGCAUUAUAUACUGCAGUGAUUGGCUCUGCAGUUCUUUGUGUAUACGUAGCUUUUAAUUAAAAGAUGGCAAAAUCCCGAAAGGUAAUAAGCUUGACACUUGAAUGGACAAAUAAGGAUGGUGAGAAGAGGUUUUAAAUUCAAGUAGCAAAGUCUCAUAGUGAGAGUGGAUUGCUUACAUUAAAAAUGUGUUUGAUCAAAUGUACCUGAUCCACACACAUUAAUGUGUUUUAGGUAGAUUUAAGAGCUCUAAAAUGUUUAUAUCAGCAUUCACUCCUAAUAAAACUAUUGCUUUGGGAAAUCUAAAGUGCCAUUAGGGACCAAACAGUAACAUUCCCUAGUACUUAUUAUUCUGUGGUUUGUGUAAAUUUAUUUUAGGAUUGUAUUUAACUUUUGUGUAGUUUUAGUCAUGUCAGUGAAAUCAGUUCUUGGCUAAAAACUCUAAAACAAACAUGUUACUAGAAUGGACUAUUAUUGAUAUAUCCCACCCUCAUCAUAUUUGAAUGGCAUCAUGUUAACUGUUAUGUCUAAAAUUGUCUUAAAUUUUCUGUUGAACUUUCUCGUAUGCUAAUGCCAAAGUACCAAUAAUUCGAUCUUAUUUUCUGGAAUUGUGUUAUAAAUGGAGGCUACUUAGUUAUUAAGUCAAAUCCCUUUGAUUUAGUUUCCUUUUUAUUAACAGGGACUGAACCGUGGUGCUUGUGGUAGGACUCUUAGCCCUUUUGUCCUUGUAACCCUAAGUACAAGCUCACUCACUUUCCAGAAAUUCCAAGUUGGCUGUAGCUCUUGGAUCACAUAUUUAGGAGCCUUACUUAGUUCACAGAUUUUUCCAGGUCAGAUUAGGUCCUAUAGCUGUGACUGUACUCAGGGCACUAGUUCUAAAAUACUCCUUAUGUCUUAUCUGCUGAGAACAAGUCUGAACACUAAGAUGGCUGGCUGUAUUGUCAAUUUAUGAUCAGAAUCAUAAUAUCAGAAUCAGAAUAGCACAACUACCUGUUGUGUGGGCAAAGAACAUCUGGAGGAGGUAUAUAUUCAGCUUACCAACUAACUUUAGACUGAAGUUGCAUCGACUUGAUUAAAGUAAUAGUUACAACACAAAAAUGCCACAUACAUACUUUUUGGAAUACAUAUAAAUAUUAGUAAGCACUGAAAUGUUAGGUAUUAUGUGUCAAAAAUGUAAUCUCAUAUUUCUCGUGUGUAUUAAUCCUUUUUGUAGAUUAGGAAACAGACACAAAAGUAAAUUGCCCAAGGCCAUGUAUCUAGUAUAUGAGAGACUCCAUGUAUUCUUUCCAGAGUUCACCUGUCGUGCUACCUUUAAAGGAUUUAAGCCAAGAUUUUUUAAUUAAAUUAGGGUUUCUAAUAUAUGUCUAUGAAUCACAGCUAAAAACUGAAGCAUUUUAAGUUUGACCUUAAUAUUUUUUGUAACUUGACAGUUUUUAGUAGAACUUUACUGCUGGAUAAAUUUUAUGUAGUGUGCAUGAAUAUUGUCAAAUAUACAAAUAACUGAGUCUUAUACAUGCUCAUCUCCUUUCUGUAUUUUUAUCAGGAGGAUGAGACUAAAAUUUAAAGUAUGUAUUCCUGAAAUAUUUCUAAGUUUUUAUGUAUAACAAACAACAAAAGUAUAUAUUUUAAUAAACUCAUUUUGAUAUAA